AUGGAAGAAAAGUUCAUUCAUAGGGUUGCUUCAAAUAAUAUAGGAGCAACACGUGCUCAUAACGUAUUAAGCAGUAUUAGAGGUUCUAGAUAUCUUGUGCAUGGAACAAUAACAGAUUUUAAAAAUUGCAGAAGGGAUCUUAAUGUUUUUAUUGGUGAGAAUGAUGCUCAAAUGUUAAAGGAUAAAAUGGAAGGAAGAAGAGAUCAUUUGCAUAAUUUCUCAUUUGAAUAUAAGUUAGAAAACAGUGAAUUGUCUGCUUUCUUUUGGGCUGAUGAAACUGCAAAAUGCAAUUAUGAAGCGUUUGGUGAUAUUAUAUCUUUUGAUGCAACUUAUAGGACAAACAGGUACUGUAUGGUUUUUGUACCGUUUACUGGUGUGGAUAAUCAUAGGAAAUGUGUUACGAUUGGAGCUGGGAUGAUUGCAAAAGAAAAUAUUGAAUCAUUUACAUUUUUGCUAGAAAGUUUUCUGAAAGCAUUCAAAAAACAACCAAACAUAAUUGUUACGGAUCAAGAUCCGGCAAUGAAGGUUGCUGUGUCAAAAGUAUUCACUGAAUCAAAACAUAGACUUUGCACGUGGCACAUUACAAACAAACUUCCAACAAAGGUUUGUGGAGAUGUAGAAAACAAUGCUGAGUUUAAAAGUAAGUUUCAUAAACUUGUUUGGAGUAUUUAUACUGGACCUGAACAAUUUGAGAAGAGAUGGAGAGAGUUGAUGGAAGAAUACAAUCUUUUGGGAAACAAAUGGCUGUCAGAUAUGUAUGAAAUUCGACAUCGAUGGAUUCCAUCUUAUUUUAAAGAUGUUGAAUUUUGUGGAUUAAUGAGAACAACUUCAAGAUCAGAAAGUGAGAAUUCAUUUUUCAACAGUUUUACUCACUAUGGAGAUACGUUGAUACAAUUUAUGUUUUCAUUUGAUGCUGCUAUGGACAAACAAAGAUAUAUACAAGAAACGCUAGAUCAUCAAACAAAAAACACAACUCCAAAGUAUAAAACUCCAUUGAAUAUUGAAAAGCAUGCUGCAAAAUUAUAUACUAGAACAAUAUUUAGAUUGAUUCAAGUUGAAAUCGAAGAAUCUGUUUGGAGAUGUUCUCAUAAUGUUGUGAAUACUGAAGGAGUAAUUGAAACUACAAUCGUAAAAGAAAAGAGAAAAAGUCAACCUGUUGAAGAUGACUUAGUGCCUUUGCAGAUGUAUAACACUGAACCAAUACAUGAAUUCAAGGUUACCCGUAAUACAGAAGAUGGAAAUAUUGAAUGUUCAUGUCAAAUGUUUUUGAGACUUGGAAUACUAUGCAAACAUAUAUUCCAUGUUUUAAAUAACUGUGAUAUUGAAGAAAUUCCUGAAAAGUAUAUAUGCAAGCGUUGGAUGAAGGACUUGAUUCCUGCAGAUAUAAGACAAAAAAAGGUUCUAUACAGUGAAACAGAUAAUGAAGCUGAAGAAAUGGCUAACAAAGCAAUAUCUUCUGUUGAUUAUUGUUUAAGGGCUCUGAUGAAUAACAAAGCUGAACUUAAAGAGUUUGUGGAAAAAAUAGAGAAUAUGAGGGCAGAAAUAGAAGAUAAAGGCUUAAAUCAAGAAAAAUUACCGAAGGAAGCUAGGUAUGAGUCAAUGCUUGGAGUACGUGUUAGAGAACAAAAUGAAAUUCAAAAUCCGACUGAUAUGUACCAUGUCAGCUAA